UUGGAUGGACUCGGCGAGAGGCUGCACAUGAAACACACACACACACACAUAGAGAAAGUUUGCGAACCGAGUCGAGUCGCUGCUCACAGACGGACAAGGCCCAGAAAACGGCGUCUCGGCCUGCGAGGCUCCAGUAAGCUGUCUUCCAAGAGGGAGAAGACGGCCUUUUGAAACACUUACUAACUAAAGAGGUAGAGCCGCAGCCGCAUAAAGGGGUAAGGACACACCCAGACCCAUCUUAUAAACAUAACAACUGGAUGAUCUGAAAGGAGGACAGGCAGCUGGGUCUUUUUUGGAGAACAGCACAGAGUAGAGAACUUCACCACAAAGGCUGCAUCCUUGCAACAAUGGGUGACUACGGGGAAGACUACGGAAACUACACCUACGAUGAUUACCUUGAAUAUGGAGACCUUGAGGAAGUCAAAGGAGACUACAGGCAGAGAGAAACAAUGCACAUAAUCUCUGUAGUGAUCUAUAGUAUUUCCUUUGUGCUCGGUCUGAUUGGAAAUGGAAUUGUCAUUUGGGUGACGGCAUUUAAAAGCAAAAGGACUGUCAACAGUGUGUGGUUACUCAAUCUCGCAAUGGCAGACUUUGUCUUUGUGCUUUUUUUGCCCUUCUCCAUAGACUAUGUGCUGCGGGACUUCCACUGGAGCUUUGGUUUGGUCAUGUGCAAGCUGAACUCAUUUGUGUCUGUGAUGAACAUGUAUGCCAGCGUGCUCUUCCUCACAGUACUUAGUAUAGACAGGUAUGUAUCUCUGGUCCACCUCAGCUGGUGUCAGAGGUAUCGCACUCUGGAGAGAGCCUGGAUUGUAUGUGGUUGUACAUGGGCGCUAUCUGCAACCCUGAGCUGUCCUACUCUGAUCUUCCGUGACACCAUGCGCUUACAUGACAGGAUAGUGUGCUUCAACAACUUCUAUGUAAAGGAAGGGCACGCAGCGGCCGUGAGGCACAUUAUAAUGGUGGCCGUCCGUACCACUGUGGGCUUCCUCCUGCCCUUUAGUGCUAUUUGUGUGACUGGUAUACUUUUAACAAUUAAAGUAAACAAGUCUGAGGGAUCUGUCCGCAUAUCCACCUUCUCUAAAACAGUGUCUGCAGUAAUUCUGGCUUUCUUUCUAUGCUGGGCACCCUUCCACAUCUUUAGCUUGAUGGAGCUAUCCAUGCAUUCCACAUUGUACCUACACAAUGUACUGAAAACUGGCUUUCCUCUUGCCACCAGCUUAGCGUUUUUUAACAGUUGCAUUAACCCCAUGCUCUAUAUGCUGCUGGGCAAAAAGGUUCGCCAUAUCCUGAAGCGUGCAUGCCUGGAUAUAACUAAGAGUUCAUUGAGAGAGCUAAGCCAGUCCAUCUCUGCAACAGAGACUGUGUCUCUACCCGAAGGUCCUCAGGAGAGUCCCCCAGAGGAGCCAGUUGAAUCAUCAGCUCUAUGAUCGCCAUAGUAGUGAAGACUUGUGGUUACCCACAAGCAUGAGGUUCACUGCUAGGUGGGUGUGGAUGAAGAAGAUUAUCAUAGCUGUUGUUUUCAGCUCUGGUGUUAAGAUUUUCCUAACUUUGUUUCAUUUGGACAGCAAUUACGCCCACUUCAGCUGUCAAUUACCUCCAGUGGAAAACACGACUAGUUCGGACUGUGCGUGACUUGCAUAGGGAAUUAAUAUGUUUCCAAUGACUGAGUUUCAUAGCCCAGUCGAUUUCCAGAGCAAGAUUCAAGCUUAAAUAUGUCUCACAUAUUCACUGAAGUUCUGUUGUACUCUUUUUGAACUAGGGGCAUUUACUCAUUAAUCUUCUAUACCUUGGUUCUUGCCUAUCAGAUACAAUAUAUGUGUCUAUUGUAGUCUUAUUCCAGUAGUCUGUUUUUGUAUCUAUUUGUAGGCCCACAGACUGCUAGAGUCACAUGUUAAUGUCUCUUUUAAAAUACAUUUUUAAAUGUUUCAGAGUUGUAUAAAUGUCUUAUUCUAAUAUAUUCAACACUAUGCUUAAAUAAACGUGUUCUUUUCAACAUCUUUUCA